GCCGCGUCGCUGAGCUCGCACUUGGAGAAGGCGCGCGUCGACUCGCUCCACUACCUAAAGGCCCACGAAGCGCGGUGCCUCGCCGAGUGCAACAAGUCGAUCGAGGUCGCCAAGCGCGUGGCCGAGGCCAAGACGAAAAGCAGGUCGACGAUGCCGUUGCGGCGCUCCGCACGCAACGAACGCCGCGAUGCAGCGCCUCGUCGAGGAAAACGCCGACGAGAUCGAGUUUCUCAACCAGCAGCUCGCGCUCUGGAAGCAUCAAGUCGAGGUGCUCACCGAGUCGGACCGCCGUGAACACGCCGCCGCAUCGUCCAAGCAACCUAAAAAGAAGGCCCUCGAGAUCCCAGAAGACACGUUGUUGCGGGAGAUGGAGCAGCUGCAUGCGCAAGACCGUCGCGCAGGGUCGCGCGUCCGGUCGGCCUCCAAUGCAGACACAAACAACAACAGCAGCAGCAGCAAUAGCUCGAUUACCAAGGGCGGCAACAGUGCCAGUGCGGCAGUACCCAAGCCCUCGGUGUGGGACCGCGUCCUCGACUCGAUGAUUGGCGACUGAGUCAUGUCGCUUUGAUUUAUUCACUUAUCUAAUAUACCCUAACCACAAUAACUUUCGGUUGGG